UAGUAUUACUAGUCUUCUCCAAUUCUUCUACUAUAAAAACCCCCAAGAAAAUCACUAUCAUUUUCACCUACAAAUUAUCAACUUUUCUACUAAAAUUAGAAGCAAAUAUUUAGAAAAACAAGUUCAGAAAUCAUCGAAGAGAUUUUGUUAAAACAUGGAAAAGGAGCAAGAGAGAGAGUGGGCAGAAGCCCAGAAUAUAGCAGUGAGCAUAGAUCUUGUUGAGACGGCGAAAAAACAGCUGAAAUUUCUUGCUGCUGUUGAUCGGAAUCGCCACCUGUAUGAAAGCCCUGCUUUAGAAUGGGCUAUCUAUAGGUACAACGCCUUUUGGCUUCCCUUGCUCGCAAAACAUUCGGAAAAUCCUGUCUCGGAAGACCCGAUAGUGGUUCCUCUUGAUUGUGAAUGGAUUUGGCAUUGCCAUAGGCUCAAUCCAGUUAGAUAUGAAUCAGAUUGCAUGGAGCUGUUUGGAAGAAUUCUUGGCACCCGUAAGAUCAUCUCAUCUGUUCAAGGAACUUCGAAGACUAAUACUGAGGAGAUAUGGAAUAAAAUGUAUCCUGAAGAACCUUAUGAGCUUGACUAUAAUCGACCUUUCCCAGGAGAUGUCUUGCAACAGAAUUCUAGAGGUGAUAAAUUUACCAGUUAUGAUCUGGUUGCUGCUGCAAGAAGACAGGUCCCCUUCUGUUAUCAGGUUUCGAGGCCACAUAUGUCUGAUGAUCUAUUUCUUCAGGAAGCACUAGCUAGAUAUAAAGGGUUUUUGCAUCUUAUCAGGACAAACAGGAAGAAAGGCGUAAAUCGGUUUUGUGUUCCUACGUAUGAUGUUGACCUUAUGUGGCACUCACACCAAUUACAUCCAGUUUAUUACUGUAAGGACCUUUGUAAAUUAUUGGGUAAGGUGUUGGAGCAUGAUGACACUGACUCUGACAGAACAAAAGGGAAGAAACUAGACACUGGAUAUUCUGAAACUACCAAGCAGUGGGAGGAGACCUUCGGCUUAAGGUAUUGGAAGGCGGGGUCAAUGUAUAGAGGGAUUACCCCAACCCCAGUUACCCAAAUUCCAUUCCCAUUCACGUAUAAGGGAAAGAAGUUACUUGCACCAUACAACUGUGAUGAAAUUCAAUUUCCAGAGAUGAAAUCUGUCGAGGCUCUUUUGGAGUUUGUAGAAAUAAAGAAUUUACCAGAGGCUUACAAAGGAAACCUCCGUGCCUCAUUCAGUAAGAAACAACCUGAUAGGCUUUUAUAUGCAAAGAGGACACUGAGUAUAUUAUCUGAGUCAGAAACAAAACAGGUUGCUUAUUUCCAGUGUGAGCCUACUGGAGAGUUUCUCUUUGAACUUGUAUAUCAUUUGCCUUCGAACAUACCAUUACCUAAAUCCUUCAAGCCAUUUGGUUCUUGCUCCCUAUUGUUGGAAGAACUCUUGGCUUCUGGUUCUCAACUUUCAGUAGAUAAAUGGCUCCCAAUAGUUCCUGCACCUGGCAUUGAAGCUUCUAAGCCAAUCCUUCUGCAUGUUUCUCUUUCAUUUACCCUUCCAACACCAGCAAUCCAAGCUUUUCAUCUGGUGCAAUCUCAGCCUUUUUGUAAAGGUUCUUGUUUAUUCCCACUUCCCAAGAUAGGGAUGGUUAAACAUGCUAAGAGCUGCACCAGUGUCGUUGAUGAUGACGGAAAUGAUAUCCUCAGCCUUCAAAUGAGGGACUUGAGCAAGGACAUGACAAGAAGCACUCCUGAUUUGUUGAAGGAGGUACACUAUGUCACAGACUCUGGUGAAACACGUACCAUGGCUCAAUUUCAAGGAAAUAAAUGGUUUAUAAAGGGGAUCCACGGCUCUUUCGAGCUUCACAACACUUCUGGAACUGAUGGUCAUCUCUUUGAUCUUGUUGGUCAUAGGAUGGUGAAACUCUUUGCUGGAAGGAGACUGGACUAUGAGCCCACACACUGUGAAAAGCAAAGAAGUGAGCAAGAUUUUAUGACUGCUGUUGAAUUCUCUGGAGAUUUUCCUUAUGGAAGGGCUGUGGGAUUAAUAGAUUUCAAGCAUGGAAUUUUCAAGGUUGAGGAUGAAUGGAUGAUGCUAACUGGCAUUACUCUAGCCUUUAUUUUAUCUGACAUUCUGAGAAGAGAGGGUGGUUUCGCAGCCAAAAUAGUAGGUUCUCCUGGUAUCCUGGAAAAUUUAACGGAGGCCAAAGUCGUGGCUGCUGAUGGCGAUACGGAGAAUGCAAAACAAGGUAUCUCUCAAAGUGGAGGUUGUGGGAGUGGCUGUGGCAGUGGAUGUGGGAAUGCGGUAAACAGCGGUGGAUAUGGCGGAUGUGGUGCUGGCGGAUGUGGCAGUGGUUGUGGAAGCAUGGCAAAAUGUGGUGGAUGUGGAGGCGGUGGGUGUGGAAGCAUGGCAAAGUGUGGUGCAUGCGGCGGUGGAUGUGGUGCUGGUGGAUGUGGAAGCAUGGCAAAAUGCGGUGGAUGUGGAGGCGGUUGUGGUGGUAGUGGUGGAUGUGGAAGCAUGGAAAAAUGCGGUGGAUGUGGAGGUGGUUGUGGUGGUAGUGGUGGAUGUGGGAGCAUGGCAAAAUGUGGUGGAUGUGGGAGCAUGGCAAAAUGUGGUGGAUGUGGCGGCGGUUGUGGUGGUAGUGGUGGAUGUGGAAACAUGGCAAAGGGCGAAAGUGGCGACUUGCCAAUGAUGGAGUCUGCCAUAGCGAAUGAGCCUGUUGCAGCCUAGUCAAUCAAUAAUAUCUUUAAAUUUGUGUGCGCGGAGCUUGGAGUUCAAGUUAGUUUGUAUCUCUUUAUGCUGUUAAUAUCUGAUGUUCUGAUAAUGUGUAUCUAAAUAAGUCUGGUGUCUUGUGGUAUUUGCAGUGUGGAUUGAUAAAUAAAUAUCCCUUGUACUAAAAAUAACAUGCUUCAAAUUCUCAUCUCACAAUUCACAAAACAAUGCUUGUCACUGUGUAAAUAUAUUCAGCUUCUGGGCUCAUGUAUGUAAUGAAGAACUCCUUGCUUACUGUAUUGCUGUCCAAAAUAUAAUAUGUCUACUUUCAUUUAUUUUUUUGA